UUUUAGUCGAAUUUGAAUCAACGGCCGAACAGGUUCGGUUUAAUUGUGUAUAGGAAUGUUGAAAGCAGUGCGAACGAGACGAAAAUAUGUACAAAUUUUCGAGGAACUCUGAUCAUUUAUUUACUUUUACCGAGAGCAUUUUGUGUUGUUUCUUAAAAAUUAUUCACAAACAACAUUUCUGAGUCUGAACGUUAACAGAUGCUCACAGAACUCAUGUACACAAUCUAGUACAAAGUGUGGAUGUGAACAUUUUACAACAAAUUUCUGUGCAUAAAUGUUUAAAUAUAUAUGCAAUUCAAAGAAGAGGCUAGAUAAUUGGAGAGUACAGAUCGAAUGAAUGGAGAGAUUACGAACCUUUUUAUAUCAACAUCAAAUUAAAUUUGAUGGCCAUGUGGAGAAAACAUGAUAAUAGUCAUUAAACCAAAUUUUACGACAAAAAACCAUGAACAAACAGAAAGGUUCCAUUCUUUUGAAUGCAAAUCUAAAGCUAGAAACCACAAUUCAAAUAUAUUGUUCACUAUUAGGAACAAGUGUACCUGGUUUUUAAAUUUUUUUAUUUGUGUUUAUUGUUGCCACACCAUUUCAAAUACAAUAGACGUUAAAGAAGUGAAACGGCAGCCUUGUACUCAUUAUAUUCAAGCUAAGUUUCCCAAAGUUUAUACUAGGUCUUUGAAGUACCUACAAAUAUGGAUUUUAUUAGUUUUAUUGUUGCCAACUCAGCAGAAAGUAAGUGGUCAUGGAAUGUUCCGCCAAACGUUAAAUUUAAACGAAUCGUCUUUAUCACAUAACCAAAAUCCAAAUAUGCAAAUUCGCAUUUCGCCGCUUAAAAAUCUAUAUGAAGUUGAUAGCCUAAAAACCAAUCAACUACAAUCCAAAAUGAAUACCAAAAUAUCAAGAACGGAAACGGUUCUUAACAAUUUGACUAAAAAGAUUAGCAAACAAAUCAGAGCCUCAUUUUAUAAUGUCAGUUCAAAUAUAUAUAGUCUGAUUAAUAUAAGCCAGUCUAAUAACAUGCCACACACAAUCAAUCAGAAAAUAGCAGUUGCGUGGAACAACACUUUACCAAUUCACAAUAGGCAAAAGAGACAAACCAGAGAUAUUCAAAUAAAAGCCAAGAGUCACAAUAGACAAAUAAAGCAAAUGACCAAUUUAAGACGCGUAGACGAGGCCAGACUUAAACGACUAGUUUUAAAAGGACUAGGAAUGAAAAAAAUACCCGAUAUGAGUAAGGUCAAUAUAAGCCAAGUUGAAUAUUAUAACAAAUAUAUAGAAUACCUAAAUCGUCUAAGGAAUAACCAGGAAAAGGUACCUAGUUAUUAUAAUAACUAUGGAGCUUCAUCCAUGGGAGACCUAAAUUUGUUAAGCAUUGUUACAAACAAAUUCAAUGACAUAAGUCACAGACGAUGGCGACAUAAAAGAUCACUUAAAAACAUAAGCCGGCUAAGACAAACCAAAACUCAAAACAGGAAUGAAGAGUUAAAAUUUAACCAACCUGAUAAAACAAAUAUUCUAUUGCACUUUCCACUAACAAAUAUCAAAGAUGCCAAGAUUUACCAUGAUAAAAUUGACGAAGCCAACGUAAGACUAAUGCUUCUCUAUAGCUCAUCCCUGGCACAAAAUUCCCGUCGUUGGCAAGGGCCUAAAAAAAGAAAAUUUAGCCACGUUUCUGGAAAUGAUAAUUCGGUUAAUAUAGUUAGAAGCUGUCAUUCUGAUGAAGUCAAAUCUAAUCAAUUUAAAAAAGUCCGAAUCCGGCAACUAAAUCUUAAAGUAUAUCAAUUACUCACAGCAAACAGACGAAGGCUGCUAGCUUCCCGAAAAAUAGAAUUCGAAAAUAUUGGCUUAGAAGAAACUCGAACUCAGUGGAUAGAAUUUGACGUGACAAAAGCUGUUCAGGGUUGGUUGAACAAAACCCACGAAAACUUGGGUAUAGAAAUUCAAUGCGAUAGAUGCAAGAGUGUUGGUGCUCGUAUACUUAGUGAAUCUAGCCCGUCGACGGAAUCGUCAUCUGCAAAAUCGACAGCACAAAACAACGAAAACUUUAACCUCAUGCCAGUUCUAAAUAUAAUCGGACACGGAUCCCUGAAUUCCCACCAAGAGGAUAACUUGGACAUUCAUCAUAUCAUGCUGACUAAUAAUAGAAGCGAAGAUUACGUACAUCAUCGUUCAGAUCAUGGUACAUCUUGGCGAAAGGAUAAAUGGAGCAAUAAUUGCUACAAAGUGCACCAACGUUGCUGUAGAAAUCAGUUGGAUGUUGCAUUCAAAGACAUUAAGGGUUUUGAGUUUAUAUUACAGCCAAAAGUAUUUGAUGCCGGCUAUUGCCAUGGUCGAUGUCCCCCACGUCACAAUCCAGCCCAUCAUCACGCCCUAUUGCAAAGUCUAAUAUGGCAAGAAGAUCACAGUCGUGCACCCCGUCCGUGUUGUGCUCCUUCAAAACUUGAAAUGCUCGAAAUAUUGCAUGUUGACGAAGUCCAUAGCGAUAAGCUGAAAAUUUCCACAUGGAGUGAUAUGCAGGUUAUAGAAUGUGCCUGUUCUUAAAAAAAUUCCACCAAAGCCUUAACAAUUUUUUUUAUACAUACAACCUCUAUUUACCUAUACUUUUUUUAUAAAUGUGCGCUCAAAAAAUACAAUACAAACUUAAAUUUUUUAUUAAAAAUACCGCCAAGGAAAAUAUAAAUUAUAUUAUGUUUUUAUAGAAAAAUAUUGUGUAAAAUCAUUAUAAUCCAUGUUUUAAAAAGUCUGUAAAUAAAACUAAAAGUUGGGCUAAAAUAAA